UAUAUCAACAAUGUCGCCAACUUACUGGAAAACGUCAAAGUAAAUAAAACUUGUUUUUUGCAAAACGUAUAUAUAUCAGUGAGACAGGAAGAAUAUUUGAUCUUGUGUCGUUUUUAUCGUUAGCAAACAAAUAGAAAAAUUAUGAAACUCGAUUUCUAUACGGUGUGGAACAUUUUGUUUGUAUUAUUUUUAGGUUUUUUGUUUUACUAUUUAUUCCGAUUUUAAGGUAAACAAAACUGUUACCAAAAUGGGUGGGCACGUUGUUUACGUAACAUUAAUUAAUUAAUUGUGGUAGUUGCGUGUAAUUUCCCUGUCUACGCAGUGGAAAUUAAAUCUCGCACUUGUACAGUUUCAGCGUUGGGAGAGAUGUCACUGUACAGAAAUGCAGUAUGGUUUCUGAAAGGCUGGCAGGAAUAUACGAAAGGCGGCUAUGAAGUGGCAGCUAAACAUUUCUGCAACACCGACCUGGAUGUGGACUGCACCAGCCAAGUGUACAUGAUAACAGGUGCGAACAGCGGCAUCGGGAAGUGCGUGGCGCUGGAGGUGGCGAGGAGGGGGGGAGAGGUCCACAUGGUGUGCCGCAACCAGCAGAACGCCGAGAAGACCAAGAGCGAGAUAGUCGAGGAGUCGUGUAACCAGAACAUUUAUGUUCACAUUUUAGACCUUUCGCAGCCAAGAAAUGUUUACAAGUUUGCCAAAGACUUUGCAGCCAGCACAGACAAAUUGGAUGUUUUGGUGAACAACGCGGGCUGCAUGGUGAACAGCCGAGAGGUGGACGGGGAUGGCCUGGAGAAGAACUUUGCCACCAACACGCUCGGCACGUACGUGCUCACCAAGACGCUGCUCCCGCUGCUGAAGAGGUCUGCCAAGCCUCGAGUCAUAAUGGUGUCCUCCGGCGGGAUGCUGGUGCAGAAGUUGAACUCCAAGGACCUGCAGUUCGAGAGCAUGAGUCCUUUUGACGGCACCUUGGCGUACGCACAGAACAAGCGUCAGCAGAUCAUCGUGAUGGAGUGCCUGGCGCGGGAGGACCCGGACGUGUUCUUCGCGGCGAUGCACCCCGGCUGGGCCGACACGCCGGCCGUGCGCUCGGCCAUGCCCGACUUCUACAGCCGCAUGAAGGAGCGUCUGCGCAGCGCGGAGCAGGGCGCCGACACGGCGGUGUGGCUGGCCGUGUCGGAGGCGGCCCUCAAGCAUGCCAGCGGCCUCUUCUUCCAGGAUCGAAGUCCCGUCUCCACGCACCUGCCUCUGGCUUGGACGAAGACAUCGAAGGACGAAGACGAGAAGUUUGUUGCCCAGCUCAACGAGCUGAUGGAGAAGUUCAAGAACUGAUUUUCUCAGUAUUCCGGUGAAGAGGUGUCAGCGUCAUUUUAGGUUAUAUCUUACAUAUUGUAAUCUUAGUGGAAUUUGUUUUUACCUCAUUUACACUCUGUUAACUUUUUUUUUUUUUACGUGAUAAGGUCUUAUAAAUCGAUGAACGUCAGCUGCACGCACGAAAAAGCAUGACUCAUUGUCACGUUACGCCUGAGCAGAGCGUGCCAGAACUGGCCAACCACAGUGCGAGAAAAUCUUCUAUAAUAUCAAACAGGUUAAGGCGGGCUUUUCAACUAAUUGUUCGUGAUUAUAUUUAAACAAAUUAUUUAAAUCAAAUUUGUAAAAACUGUAAAUAAUAUUUGAAGAUUAAAAAGUAUGCAAUUUUUCA